AUAAUAGGAGGGGGCCAUGCAUGUUGUCUUCUGGCCGUCUUGCAUAUCAUCUGCAUCCAGUCUGCGGUGUUGGUCGCUCAUAGGAUGAAAGUGAUCGAGCUCGGUUCCCCGGUGGAGAAGACCAUAAGCACUCUCUGGUAGUUACCAGGUACUUGACCAGGAAAGGGGGUUGUUAAGAGGUUAAGCUACUAGUAGUUUGUUGAUCGCACCUGCAGAAGUAACGUGGGGUGACGUUGUGAACUUGUGAUAUGUCGUGAGGAAAGCACGAGACUUUCAGGUCUUCUUGCUGCAUGCUUUCUUCUGUCUCUCUUCCCAAUUCUCACUCACUCACUCACUGUUCCUGUCACUUUUCUUUUAUUUUAAGUUUGACCGGUUCAAUCAGUUCUUAUUAUUUAGUCUCUCGCAGAGGACCGGGUACCAUGUCUUCUUCAUUCAUUACUGUUGAAAAACGUCACUUUGAAUCUCUGCUACGGAGAGUAGAAGCUCAUUCGUCUCAGGAAAACAAAAGCCCUGCAAACUCAGAUUUAGUAACCAUUUCAAACACAGAAUACCAAGAUCUGAUAUUGAUAUACGGUUCGCCACCGCUGUCCGAUUCUCGAGAUAGCAGUAAGACGUGCACUAGCGACUCCUUAGAACGCAAAAAGCCUCCAUCACCUAGAAGACCAAAUCUAUCCAACGACCACAGGCGUUGGGAAAGCUACGACGACGAUGAUGAUGAUGAUGAAGAGGGUGUCCUGAUAGCCUCCCAAGAUAGUGAUAGGGAUGAUUACGAUGACUCCUCUAGAAACUCAGGGUCAUCCAUAGCUUCAACCCCUCAACGAACCAUUCUGCUCCGUGGCCUCCCUGAUCGUGUUACUCAUAGAGAGCUUGUUGAAGCCUUAAAGGGUGGCGCUCUUCUCCAUAUUCACCUUCGAGCGCGGGAGCGCAUGGCCAGCAUUUCGUUCGUCCAGGAGGCAAACGCACAGGAGUUUAUGCAGCAUGCAAAAAGUCACGGGGUCUACAUUGCUGGAAAGCGUGUGGAGAUAUCUUGGAAUGACCGCCAGUUUUACCUCCCCCCUUUCGUCAGGGCUAAGAUCAACAACGGAGCUUCACGUAAUCUUGUCCUAUACAACGUACACCCCAACGUCACGGAAUGGCUUAUUCGGAAGGACCUCGACCACAUCCAUAACCUCAUCGUCAUCACAGUCAAAUUCAAGAAUGGAAACGCUUACAUUUCCACAAAUUCCGUGCAUAACGCGCUGUUUGCACGCUCGUGUAUGAUGUCUCGGCUCACUUAUAAAGGAAUGAGGAUUGCAUUUUACCCGGAUGAGUGCGCUGAGCCUCUAGUCAAGCUUACCAAUGGCUUGAAGAAAGAGUCACAGGUGCCUUCAAAAAAGUCUGUUUCGGUUCUCAAUCGGUUCCAGCUCCUGUCUCUUGACGGGGCCGAGGAAGAUGAAACCGAUCAUGAUCACGGCCAAGCUGGAUUGGACAGUUACCAUAAGAAUACUGCACUGAAGGUGCAGCAUUAAUAAAACAACAUGGGGAAGGGAUACUUGAUGGAGAUUUAACUACGUCAGACUUUAGUGGUAGCAAGAUGCUAGAAAUUCAGCUCCAAGAUUUGGAAUGAGAUGCCCCAUCACAACACAUACUGUCGUCAUACACUAUGCAAGCCUGAGCUCCCUAGGAUGAGUCUUCCAAAGGUAUUCGGUGUGCGGGUGAGUGAGCAAGCUACACUAGUUAAGUAUAGUGAACAGCAUUACAUGGGAGGGGAACGAACAAAAAUACGGAAAAGACAAGUAUUUUUCCACGUAGAUAGAUAGUCAUGUUGUAUGUACAAUACAAUGAGACUAAGAUAGCCGUCCAUUUUUAGAGUCCAAAAGGCCACAAUCAAAGGCCCUUUUCAUGUAUUUCGUCUCCUUUGGCUGAGUUGCUCCUUCUUCGUAUUCUUUUCCCUCCGCUGAACAACCUAAUGAAGGCUACUGAAAGCAAGAGAAGCAGGAAGAGAGCACGCCAUGGAAAGGAAAAGAAAGAAAGAUAUCACAUGCUAGCAUCCUUUCGUUGCUCGUAAGCCCAAAACCCAUCCAACGCCGUACAAAAACAUAGCACUAAAAAUAGCUGUAAUAAGCUGUUGAAGAUCCAAAUUCAGGGGUAUGCAUGCAUGUAUGUAUAUGGAUUUGUUGUUUCUAUGAUACUAUUGGGUAUA